CUUCUACAAAGUGUCCCAGUAUUUGAAGGCCUUUGGAGGCUGAAUAACCAAGUUGCUGUGUAGUUCCAUCACUGAAAAAUUCUGACAGCUUCAUCUCUGCUUCCAAACUGAUAUUGUAGCCUUUGAAGAAAAGCCAUGGCCUUAGCUACCACUAUCAAGAAGAUGAGGGAGGAAGCCAUGUGCUCCAUCUGUUUGGAGAUGAUGACAGAGCCCUUGAGCAUCGACUGUGGGCACAGCUUCUGCUGCCAGUGCAUAGAGGGCACACUUGAGAACCUACAAGUGACAUCAUCCCUGAGGGAGCCCCAAUGUCCCCUGUGCCGGGCACCAUUUCAAAGGGAAAGUCUCCGAUCCAACAAGCAACUGGAAAACCUCAUUCAGACCGUUAAGGAGAUAGACAGUGAGAGGCUGUGUGAGGAGCAUGGGGAGCAGCUCCGCCUGUUCUGUGAGGAUGAUAUGAGGCUCCUCUGCUGGCGCUGUGAGCGCUCCCCCCAGCACAGCGGACACAGCAUGGCUCUUGUGGAGGACGUAUGUCCAGGCUACAAGGAAAAGCUCCAGAAAGCUGUGACAAAACUGAGGGAACAAGAUGACCAAUGUCAGGGUCUGAAGUUGAUCACGAAGAAACAAAUAAGAAAAUGGCAGGGUCCAUAUUCAUCCUUCGAGGUUCAAAAACCUUUGUGA